AUGUCACAACCAGGCCCUACCCGCUGUUUGGGCAAAUUGCGGGAUCCCUCCCCGGCCAUGGUGACAACAACAAUAUUCAUAUCAAACCUGCACUGCCCGUCAUGCGUGGCUAGCAUUCAGGAAGCCCUGGCUGCUCUGAGUCCAGCGCCUGAAUUCAUCUCUCAGUCGUUUGUUUCCCAUUACGUCGUCAUACGCCACAAGGCAUCCCUUGCCUUGGACACGAUUCGCGACUCCUUGGAAACGGCAGGAUUCGACAUACACAGCAUCUUUCAGAACCAGACCUCCUCCAACGACCCUAUCGAGGUAUUCGGCACUGAGCCGCGCGAUCCCGUGUGGAAACACAGUCUGGAUCAAGCAGUGUCCAAGUGGAUC